CAACAACCGCGUCCGACGACAUUUUCCAGACCAGCAAACGUGAAUCUGCGAAAUAACCAACUACCAACUAGGAUGGCUCGACCAUUCGGCGUUCCGAGUCGAAGCCACAGUGUUGGUCCCAUCCCAAGACCAAAGAGACCAACAGAACCGCCUGAAUGUCCUUUUGUAUUUCCUAUCAGUUUGGCCGAAUUUACCGAAGAGCGCAAUAAGGGCACCCCGGAUCCAGCGAAGUCUCCGGUGACUCACCGUGCAUCCAUCCAAAUCAGCCCUUCACAAUGGCUUCAGUCCGUCCACGAAACUCUAGCUCCCUGUCCGGAACCGUCUUUUGGACCAGCGGCACAGUUUGCUGAAGAACGACCUUCGGACGCCGUUGAUGCCCCUUACACAAAGACACAUGUUCAACCAUCAGAAACCAAUGAGAAAGCCGGAUCCAAUGGGCGAAAUUCUUGGCAGUCGAAUGGGAAAAGAAAGCUAAUUCUUCGGGUUUAUCAUCCAGACAGAACGACAAAAGCUGUCGCAAUCGAAGAAGACAUGACAGCCUUUGACGUUUUGAAAACCCUUCUGGAGAAGAACAUGAUGAGAUGCUCCCGAAAACACGCGCUUGUUGAGAAAAUACCGUCUUUGAAGUUGGAGCGCUGUUUCGAAGACAGCGAACCAGUGAUGGACUGUCUCGUGAACUGGCAAUUGGACAGCGAAAAUCUUAUAUUUUUUGAGGAGAGAGAAGAUAUGUACGGCAUGUUCGAGAAUCCCCAUCCGUAUACAUCCGGAAAUUUGGACGCGCAAUACACAGUGUUCUUCUGUGCAACCAGUGAAGCAUCUCUACGAGUGUGGUAUUCUCUCCUGCGACUGGCGUUGGCGGGAUUGCAAUUGUUAAAUGACUAUGCGUCGCGAGUGCAGUACGCAAACACAGCAUCGUUGGAGUCCAAGUCCAAGAGCAUUUCCAGUCUUUCGACAAGUUACGAUCGAGUUGACAUGACUCGAAGUGUGAACCAAAAAGUAUCUCCCCCACCGUCAUUGCAUCGUCCUUUUUGGCCUGGGUCAAAUAGCACAGAUCGUCCAUUGAUGGGAUCCACUUCUACGAUGUGGAGUAACGCGGAAAGUAACAAAGAACUUGGGUGUGUCUCAGGUCGACUGGAUGUCCACUCCAGCACGCAUAGUGUAGCAGAUUUGGAGAAAUCCGGGCCAAAGAAACAAUCUUCCGAGUGUGGGAACAGUAUAUCGAGCCUGUUUAUGUGUUCCCUCUCCUGGAAUAAGGAAGACCGCGCGCCGGCCGGAAAAGACAAACGGCCAACUAGAUCAUCCUCUGUCAGCAGACCAACCACAACUCGGUCUUUAAAGAAGCGACUGUUUGGUAAUGGACCUGCAGCACGUCGUUGCAGCCGUUCAGUAACCCAUAUCAGUGCUCCAUUUGACGUCACUUUGCCCAGUUGGGUACAGGAGCGAUGUACCAGACGACUGAGUCAUGAAUUCACCGAAACAGAAAUGUGAUCCACAGGCGUAACCAAUCAGAUUUAUAUUCCCAUGGGGUGAGGAGGUCACCGGUAAAUGCUUUCUUCUAUUCAGGACAUUCACAUCAAGUGUGAAUCUUAUUUGCUCUUUCUUCGUCUCUUUCGCUCUUUCUUUCUUUUCUUUUCUCUUUUGAAAACAGUAUUCU